UGCUGCCCUCUCUAGGCCUGCCCAGGUCAGUGGGACGUUGGUCCCACUCGCUAUCUGGCGACACCUUUCACUGAGUCAAGAAGUGUCCACUCCUCUCUCCUACGCGGGCAUGGCCCUCCCGGGCCAUGGGCACAAACACACAAGCCUGUGUACCCAUUACGACUUUGCAAAUAAAAUAAGCCUCCGAAGACGUAUCAUUUACUCCCCGCUACCAAGACAUCACCCAAUAGGCUUGGUAAUAAAUGAAACAGUGGAAGAUAGAGAAACCAAGAGAGAAAAAGCCAGCAGAAGAGAUACCGGAGACAGCAGGAGAGACAGAAAGACAGCAGUAGUAACAGGUAGUCUUUAAGGAAGGCUGACACACAGGAUGGGUAACAACAAGAGCUCCUUUUUGGAAGAAGAGCUGCAAGAAUACGAGGAUCUUACCUUCCUGACAAGAAAGGAAAUUAUCACGGCGUGGAGCAGGUGGGAGGGACUGAUAGGCUCCAACGUUGCCAAUAACAAAGCUACACGCUACCCAGCUAAAACCAUUGAGGAGCUGCCUGAACUGAAGCACAACCCGUUCCGGGACAGGAUAUUGCGUGUGUUCUCCUCUCAACGGGACCAUAAACUAAGUUUUGAAGACUUCCUCGACCUGGUCUCCGUCAUGAGUGACAAGGCGCCCCUACAACUGAAGGCCUACUACGCAUUCCACAUCUUCGACUACAACGAGGACAGGACUCUGGACGGGAGUGACUUGAGCAUCGUGGUAGACAAGCUGACUGGCGCAGAGGAACUUCUGCAGGAGCAAAAGAAGAAGCUCGUUGACAGG